CCGAAAAAGUAAUCCAACAAAAAAAAGGACGCUUUAUCUCUGCAUUUCUCUUUCACAUUUCUCUUUGGUAAAUUACUCGCAUUUUAAGCUUUGACUUUUUGUCGUGCUCAAAACAGAGAAAAAAAUUCAUUCACAAAGGAUUAUUAACCUUUUUUUAGAAGCAUUUCUCGGGUUAAUUUCCCCGGAAAUCAGCCUUAAUUUGAUCAAAUUUAUUUUACCCCAAGCUUUGGAAAGAAAUUGCAUUUCUACUAAAAUGCACAACAUACAUAUUAGUAAGAUUUAUUUUCCAAAAUAAAUUGCUCAUAUAACCGUUGAACUUGCCAUCAAAUUGUGUAACAGUCUCUGCCUUAUUUAUACAUUUGUUUUCAUAACAAAAUCCGGUAACAUUUUCUUUACUUAUUGCAGUUGAUUGAUUGCUCCUCCGAAAUGGCCAACAAUUCAUCUAUGAUACACAAGACAAAGUCCAGCCGCCUGGAGAACCCUUCGAUUGCCCAAACAUAUAAACGGCAGGUCAACCAAUAUGGGCUGGUCCAGGAGAAGAUUCCCAAGAUGAGUAACAAUCGACGCACAAAGUCAUCGAAACAGCUGGUGCCGGAGCCUUCAACCUCGCACAACAAGGAUAUCACCCACAAAAAAGGUACCAUCCAGGAUAUCAGCCGGAUUAGUCAUCGUUUAGAAAGUGCAUCAGUGGCUCCCAAGCCCCAGACCCGGGUAACUCUUAACAACCAACCAUCCAAAGCUGCUCCACUUCCAGUGACCAAGCCCAGUUCUCAAAAACUUACGCCAAGGGAAAUAGGAGAACUUAAGGAGACUACCAAGAUCAAGCUGUUUAAAGACUUGAAGGAAAUUCGAGGUAUUAAUGAACCCAAGAAGUUCAAGGAACUUAGGGAAUACAAGGAAUCUAGGGAACUCAAGGAUCUUAAAGGAACCAAGGAUGUGAAAUUAAAGGGUGUCGAUAAGCCAGCCAAUCCCGGUCAUCGAUCUACACGUCAUAAUAGCAAUCGCACCAAUAACUUCUUCGACAAAUACCUGAAGUUCGCCUUCGAUCUGAGCACUCCCGAAGGUGUCAAGAAACUGGAGGAACAUUUCUUUCCUAAUCAAUCUGUUGACCCAACUGCCACUGACAGCUCGAAUCUAAAGCGAAAAAAUGAAGUUAAGAAGUAGAUUCGGGAUUCGUUUAAACUCGCUACCGCACAUGAAGAAGUCUGAAAUUUUAAGUUUUUAUAUGUGGGAUUUUUAAAAGGCAACCAUUUCUGCAUUUCUGAAAUUGAUUUAAAAUUUUUAAAAAUGUUUUUGAAGUAAUAAAUCAAAAUUGGUAUGUUUCUUGUUUAUUGAGAUUUCAAUUUAAGAUUUUC